AUGAGAUAUAAGGCACGGGCAGUGAUUGACUCUGGUUCUGAGGGUUCAUUUAUUUCGGAAAGAUUAUUUAACUUAUUACAACUUCCUUAUAAGCGCACAAAUGCACAAGUUUCCGGAUUAAAUAAUUCCAUAUCUGCCAGUGUCCAAAAGGAAUCUAUGUUUAAACUAGGUUCUGAAUAUAGUGCGCGUGUUGAACUUCCUGUCACAGCUUUAGUUGUCCCACAUUUGUCGGAAAAACUUCCCUCUAGAAAUUUCCGUCCAUCAAAUUUUACUAAUUUGUCCGAUUUGCAACUUGCUGAUCCUCAGUUUUAUAAUAGUUCGUGCAUUGACAUUUUAAUCGGUGGUGAUCUUUUUCCAUCGAUUAUGUUGUCUGGAGUAAAACAUCAGAUUUGUGACUCUCUAAUGGCACAAGAAACCAUCUUUGGAUGGAUUCUCACAGGACCAAUUUCUGAAGAUUCUUCUCCUACGUUAUCUAAUUUGACUUCUUUGUUCUGCGAAAUCUCUUUGGAUAAAGAAAUUUCUCGUUUCUGGGAGGUGGAGAAUCUUCCUAUGAAGAACUUGAGGUCUUCAGUCGAUGAAUUUUGCGAAAACCUAUUCAAAAGAACAACAACGAGAAACAAGGAAGGUAGAUAUGUUGUACGCCUUCCCUUUAAGGAUGGAUAUCCCGAAAAUCUAACCUUAGGCCAGUCUAGAACGAGCGCAAUGGCUCAGUUUUUUCGCAAUGAGUCGCGAUUAAUUCGAAAUCCGGAGUUCAAAGUACAAUAUGAUAAUGUACUUCAGGAAUACCUUCAACUUGGUCACAUGAAACAGGUAGAUCCUCCAUGUAAUUUUAGGUUUCCACUACACUAUUAUCUACCGCACCAUGCUGUCUUGAAACCAGACAGUACAACUACAAAGGUGCGUGUAGUUUUUAAUGCUUCAUCUCCAUCCUCCAAUGGUCUAAGUCUAAACGAUAUACUCCACCCUGGUCCAAUUUUGCAGAGUGAUUUAACAAUUCUCAUUUUGAAAUGGAGAUUCUUUAAAUUCGUUUUCAACGCGGAUAUCCAAAAAAUGUAUAGGCAAAUUCUAGUUGAUUCCAGUCAUUCGCAAUAUCAAAGGAUUUUAUUUCGUGAAAAUCCUUUUGAUACUGUUCAAGAUUACGAACUUAAAACCGUAACAUUCGGAAUAAACUGUGCUCCUUAUCUUGCCAUCCGGACGAUUCAUCAACUGGCUGACGACAUUGAAAUGCUUUAUCCUAAAGGCAGUAAUAUUCUACGACAUUUUAUGUAUGUAGACGAUGUUUUGGCAGGUGAACAUACGAUAUCAGAAUCUAUUGUGUCCAGAAAUGAGCUAAUUCUAUCCCUUCAAUCGGCCGGGUUUUCCUUAAGAAAAUGGACGUCAAAUUGUAGAGAAAUUCUUCAAGAAAUCCCUUCAGAACAUCUUCUCUGUGAGGAUUUUUUAGAAUUUGACGAUAAAAGUACAGCUAAAACUUUGGGCAUCCGUUGGAAUGCCCUUUCAGAUUCAUUUUAUUUUACGGCAAAACCAUUCCCAGAGACUCAAAAAUGGACUAAGAGGGAGGUUUUAUCACAGAUUGCUCGACUCUUCGAUACAGCGGGAUGGCUUUCACCAUGUGUUAUAUUGGCAAAAAUCCUAAUGCAACGAAUUUGGAUUGAAGGAACAGAGUGGGAUGAAGUUCUAACUCCCGAUUCCCUAUCUCAAUGGAACUUAUUUCAAGCGAACUACACAAACAUAAAUAAUAUCAAUAUUCCCCGUUGGGUAAACUAUAGUCCAAGUGCCAUUGUCGAAUUCCAUGGGUUUUGCGACGCUUCUGAAAAGGCGUACGCCGCUGCCUUGUACAUACGCAUCGUUAAUGGCAAUUCGAUUUCUAGUCACUUGAUUUCCUCUAAGACAAAAGUAGCCCAGGUCAAAACCCUAUCAAUUCCCAGGUUAGAACUUUGUGGAGCUGUUUUACUGGCAGAAAUGGUCGAUAGUAUUCUCCUAAAGUUCGAUAUAAACAAUUAUUCAAUAUUUUGUUGGACAGACUCCAUGAUUGUCCUUUCGUGGUUAGCAAAACCAGCCUGUUCAUGGCUAACUUUCGUAGCCAAUAGAGUUUCCAAAAUCACACAGAUCACUAGUAUUUCAAUGUGGAAUCAUGUCGCUUCAGAAUCUAAUCCGGCAGACUUAGCAAGUCGUGGACUGUAUCCACAAGAUCUAAUUAACAAUGAGCUUUGGUGGUAUGGCCCACACUGGUUACGAAGUUCUCACGAGAAUUGGAAAAGUAAUAGUACUAAGGACUUUCCUGAGAUCGAAAUGGAAAGGAAAUCAGUCAAAACUCACUUUUCAUAUUUUAACAAUUACGAAGAUUUACUUGAACGUUUUUCUUCCUUCCCUAAAGCUAUGCGUGUGAUUGCAUAUGUAUAUCGUUUUUAUUUCAAUACUCAUUCAAGGUAUCGUCUUAACUUCCAUAAGGAUUCUACUGUUAUUUCUAGUUCCGAAAUUAAAUUUGUCCGUAAUAAUCUUAUAUCGUUGCGUCAAAAGGUGAGCUAUCCCAUUGAGUACAAAUCUUUAUCCCACAAACAAGAAAUACCAUCCUCAAGUUCUAUAAUGAAUCUAAAUCCGUUCCUUGAUUCAGAAUUGAACAGAACAGAUUGGUUAGAUUUGUCCAUCUCAUAA